ACGCUGGUGCUUGUUCCAGGUGGUCUCUCGGAAGGCCAUGCAAUCCUCUACCCAGCUCGGAAUGCCUUUGCCCAAAUAUUGCAGUGUGGCCACAACACUGAAGACCCCUGGCUGUAACUGUGCUGCUCCAUUCUGGGAUCUCUCCUUCACCUGCCCCUUUGCCCUCCGAGCACCCUACAUCCCCAGGCACCAUGCUCUCACAAGGUAUUCUUCUUAUCACCAGUAUCUCCACAUUGCUGACCCAGCAUGGCAGGGGCCUGGAUGGCUGGGAAGAGUUGGAGGUGCCACUGACACUUGGGUCCUGGCUAGAAGGGAACCAGAUGGCUUUUAUUACCUGGCUCAAAUAAAGGCAGCUCCAGAGUUAGAAAAGCAGGGGAUUCUGCUUGUGGAAUAUGAAGUUCCCCUUGUAAUGUGCCCAAACCUGCCACCCCAGAAGCAGAGUGUGGUCUUAGAAGAAGAUGUCAUUCAACUCUCACCAUCCAGAGACUAUUCACUGCAACCUGGGGACAAGGUGCUGGCACCCUGGGAGGCAGACCGACAGCGGUAUGGUCCUGGCACUGUUCUCUUAGGCUUGGAGACAAAAGAUCCUCAGAGAGCAUCAAAGGAAGAAAUCACUGUUCACUUCUGGAAUGGCAAGACAGCUAAAGUACCUCAAGGUGGGGUCAGGUGGGUGCCCCCUGCUGCCUGGAAGAAGGUUGUGGAGAGGCUGCACUGGCCUUGCACCAGGGAGGACCUCAGUCCACUCCUCUGGGCCCCUUGCUGCUCUCUGUUGGGGCCAGUCACUGGAUGCACCACCAACCUGCCUCCUCUGGAUGCUCCUUUCCUGUGCCCUCCCUGCCAACCCCAUGCCUGCUGCCGGCUGCUGUGCCAGGGCUGCUUCUGCUGCUGUUCCUUGAUGGGCCCCACCUGGUGGCCUCUAACUAGGACUUCAGAGAUCACAGCCAGGGAAUUCCUGGAGUCAGGACUGAAGCCCACAGCACAACUUUUGCCUCUGGAGGGUUCUAAAGAGGAGGCAGUAGCAGUGCAUGCUCCCAUGGCUGUUUCUUCCUCCUCCCCUUCUUCUUGUGAAGAGUCAGAUAAUGAGCUGGAGAUGGGCCUUCCCCAGAAACUGAUGGUGAACAGCGCAGUCAACACUGACCCCAUCCUUCCUGAGAAGUGUUGGAGGCAGAGUGGCCCCUGCCAGCCUGAGUGGAGGUAUUGGAGGAGGAAUGGAUCUGAACCACGUCCUGGGAAACCAGGAACAAGAGGUUGCAACAUCUGGAAAGAGAAGGACAACAAACAGCAGAAAGUACAAACUGCAGUAGUGAGGACUACCAAGGAGCUGACCCUGAAAGCAACCAAUAUGAAGCCACUGCAGACCCUGCCAGAGGAAGCUGAACAUAGAAAACUAAGUCAGGGACACAUCCAAGGGACAAGAAUUCCCAAGAAUUCAAACUAAAAGCCCUGGGUGGUCUAGGUAAAGCAGAAUGGCUGAGAAGGGUCAUUUCAGGGGCUCCUUACAUAGUUCAAUCUGUCUGGAGUCACAAUCACUGUGUGAGUUAUAAAACCCAGGGCUCCCUUUUCCAGAAAAUUGUAUUCAUAAUUUUGUAUAUAAUUUCAGAAGGCUUAUAGAAACCAUGAAACUCAUCAUCAGUUUCUUGUGGGAAGGGAGGUACAAGGAAGGCUCUCCAUUUAAAUAAUGCUGUCCCAUGACAUUAGACACAGGUGUGCUUUAGUAGGCCUUCUGUCUAGGUGAGUCUGUUCCUUGCAGGAGUGCUAUUAUAGAUCUAUUUAAAACUUUAUUUUUGUCAGAUAAUAUGUAGCAUUUUUCCUAAGGAAAGAUUAGCUAUGUUCAAAAUGAUAUGAUUCAAUAGGCUGUUGGUGUGAUAUAAAGUCUUGGGAUAUAUCAAUGACUUUUUAAAAAAUUAAAUCCAAAUGAUUCUUGGAUUUAAAUCCAGUGAUUUUU